UUCCCGGGAGUUGCAUCCCACGGCGGACACGCCCGUACUCGUGUAGCAGCGAACACCGUGGAGGUGUGAUCACGAAAGGUGGAGGAAGGUUUUUUUCCACCUCUCUGCUCGACCGGAGAAAGAGCGCUCGACGCCGCUGCCUCGUCCAACCACGGUGAUUCACUCCAAAAGCCAGGAUGCCAGGAACAGCAGAGGCUGUGUCGGCCACCCUCACCACCAACAGGAACUGCACCAUAGAAAUAGCCAACAUCACGGGCGGGUACUGCCUCAUCAACCCCAAGGUCUUCAUGACGAGCGGCUUCUCCAAGCACCCGCCCUCGCCCACCAUCCCCAUCAACAAGACGGAAGUGUGCUCCUUCGUCAAGGAUGACAACACGGCCACGGGCGCCGUGGGCCUGCUGACCUACGACCUGUUCCACAUGCAGAGCCGGGUCUCCUCCGAGCGCCUGGCCGUCAUGUUCUCCGUGCCCUUCGACACCAACCUGUACAAGAACAAGCUGGCCGUGGGCGUGGUGGAGCAGUCCCGCGCCUGCGACAAGACCCUCUACGACCAGAUGUACGACGGGAAGGACGUCAGCAAGUUCACCCGCUCGGAGCAGAGCGGCAGCGGGCUGGAGUACAAGGCCACGUACGUGGACGUCAGGGCCACCAUGUCGUCCGUGGGCAAAGCCAUCGUCAAGCUGGAGCUGUACGACAAGAUGGGUCGUUAGAGAGCGGCCGUUGUUUAGUUUUUUUUAGCGUGUGUCCCCAGAAUAAAUAAACCUGAUUUGAUUUGACAACUGUUGUCGUGGUGAAAAACAUUCAGGGGCGGAAGACUGAUUUUGCUGUCAUCUGUAUUUUGUGCCUGCUGAAAGAUAUCAAUAUCUGACAGCCACUUCAUUGAUUCCCCAUUAGCGUAGUUCUUUGGCUUAUGUACAUUGUACACAGCCUUUUUCUGUGAUUACGAUAAUAAAACAUUCAGACUGGGA